CUUCAUUCAGUACUUGUGCGUCCGCGCAUUGUUCUGACGUUUGUGUGUUAUAAACAAACACACUUUCACAAUGUUUUCAAAACGCUCUGUGUUAUUGCAACUGACUGUGAUUUUGUGUAUCAUUAGUGUACAAAAUGUAACAUCCAAGAGAUUCGGUGGUGGAAGCAGACAUUCGUAUCCAAAGUCUGGUCACGGCGGGUUGUCAGGGUCGGGCGGACACGGAUAUCCAUCUUCUGGUGGCCUAUCUGGUCAUGGCAACACUGGAAGUAGUCACGGCUACCCAUCUUCUGGCGGCUUGUCUGGUCAUGGCAACACAGGAGGUAGUCACGGCUACCCGUCUUCAGGAGGCAUGUCUGGUCAUGGCAAUUCAGGGAGUAGCCACGGUUAUCCGUCUUCAGGAGGACAGAGCUACCCAAAAACGACUCAUACUACAACAAUACACAACCAUUAUCACUACAGCCCCCCGCCUCAAAUAAGAUACAAUCCGCCCCACGGCCCACCAAUGGUCUACCCAGUUUACCACGGAACCCCUCCGACCUACGUUUACCAGGCGCAAAACUCUGGAAGCAAAUAUGGAACGCUGUUAGCCGGAUUAGCGCUUUUGAAUCUCGGCGCGCUGGCUGGAACGGCUUACGCGCAUAGCCACUCCACCUACAAGCCGAAACCCGGCGAAAUUUGCAAGUUCGGCGUGAAGAGAGACAACGGGGAUUAUGAAGAAACUAAAAUCGAUUGUCAGUUGAUCACCCAUUUCAUUUUCGAAGCGGAAACGAAGAACGCCGCCAGCAACACGACGACCGUAACGACAACGGUCACGAACACAACGGUAGUGAAUACAACCAAUGGAGUCGAGCCGCCCGCAGUGGCAACGACUACAAUCGCACCAGGACCUGUGAUAUACGCUAUGCUUCCAAACGGUACUUUAGUUCCGCUGAACGCUACAAACAAUGCAACCGAUAACACAAAUGCAAAUGCGAAUGCGACUGCAAAUGCGAAUGCCACUGCAAACGUGAACACCAUAUCGACCGUGACAACAACAGUGUCCAACACGACAGUCGUCAACGCCUUAGACGUGAAGGGUAAACCAGUGGACGUGACUCCCGGGAUGCAGUGCUACAUCAUCAGGAUCACACAAACUUCGAAUAUAAGGAAGGCCAUACCCUGCGGAGUGCUGCAAAAUUACGCAGUGCAAUCAUUAAAAAAGAAUUCGUCGGGUAAAAACAUGUUAUCCAUUGGAAUGUUGGCAGUUGUUAUGGUCGGAAUGAUAAUGUAAUAUUAUGUGAAUGAGAUCUUUGUGCGUAUCUUUCUUAAGUUAUCAAACAAAGAACUUUUUUCAAAAGAAACUUCCAGAAUGCACUAUAGUAAGCUAGAUCGGUAAAAUAGAAGUUUUUAUUUCGUGGAUAUUGUCUAUCGAAAGUAGCAUCUAAUUUAAACUUUAUGGUCGUAACCCUUGAACCAAAAUGGAUUUAAAAAAAUAUCCUAAUUUUUAUUAUUUGAAUACGACA